CUCGCCCUCCCUAUCUCUCUCUCUGAAGGUGGCGGCAUAGAGCGGUGUAGCUAUUAGCUCCGCGCUGCAGACAUCAUUAGGAGUGGAGGGAGACGAUUCCACCGUCAGCGCAGGAACAGGAAGCCCUGGCAACAAGGAGACACCGCUCUUACCAGACCAUUACACCGUACAGGAAUCAGGGUGAAAGCACCUGGAGCGAGGCUGCAGUACUGACUGGGUUCCUGGGUUCAACUGAACCACGGUACUGACUGGUUUCCUGGGUUCAACUGAACCACAGUACUGACUGGUUUCCUGUGUUCAACUGAACCACGGUACUGACUGGUUUCCUGGGUUCAACUGAACCACAGUACUGACUGGUUUCCUGUGUUCAACUGAACCACAGUACUGACUGGGUUCCUGGAUUCAACUGAACCACAGUACUGACUGGUUUCCUAUGUUCAACUGAACAACAGUACUGACUGGUCCCCUGGGUUCAACUGAACCACAGUACUGACUGGUCCCCUGGGUUCAACUGAACCUCUUUCUGGUUUCUCCCAACUGGACCACCGGACCAGGCCAGGCCAGGACCAACUGCCUUCUACCCUCAGGUAGUGCUGGGGCCCUGAGAGGAAGCAGUGCUGUGUUCUGAUUGGAGGACCCCUUCAUGGGCUGCAUCCCGUGCUGACACACAGGAGGGACUGGAGGAAUUCUGUUGAAUGCGGUUGCUGCAUCUGUCCAGAAGGCUGUCCAGAAGGCUGUCCAGAAGGCUGUCCAGAAAGCUGUCCAGAAGGCUGUCCAGAAGGCUAGCUCACAGAGGGAAAUGAUUCCGCAUGAAGCUGACGGACGGCUCUCCUCCUCUCUCCACGACAACGCCGGGUGUGACUCGGGCUGCUCUCACGGCAACGGCAGGUGUGCUGCUCUCUGCUCUCUGCUGAGCCAGAGCCAGGCGUUGGACAGACGCUGAGCUACCCCUUCCCUCCCUCUCUACCUCCUACCUACCUACCUACCUAACCUCUCCAGUCUCCCAGUCUCCUGGUCCUACUCACCCACACAAACAGCAGGAGGGCCUACUCUGUCAAAGAGGAAAACCAGGCGCGAGAGAGAGAGAGAGAGAGAGAGAGAGCCAAAGACAGGAAUGAAAGAGAAUGUGAACGAGGCAGAGACAUAAGAACUAGAUAGUUAGUGUGAAAAGAGAGACAGGCACACCUGUUGUUGCCGUGGGAGCAACGCGUGUCUAUGUGACAGAAAGUCUAGAGAGAAAAGACAACAGUAUGAAGUCCAACCAUGAGCGCAGCAACGAGUGUCUGCCCCCCAAGAAGAGAGAUUUCCCAGCCAGCACUGCAGAUGAGAGGCCCCUGUUGAUGGCGCCCGCCAGCGAGACCCAGCGAGGAGAGAACCUGACAUGGCUGGCCAGUGUAGCUGGCGGGCACAACAGAGACAUUAGUGGAGGUAACGGGGAUGGCGGUAGAGGUGGGCAGCGUACCAGCACUCCCUGUGAGUCUGACGUGCCCCAGUACAAACCACUAUGCUCCACCAUCCCCACACACUCAGACUUCCUGGUCCCUUCCUCCAUCUGUUCCUCCUCUUCAUCACAUCAGUCCAGAGUGGUGACCACAUCGCUCCCUGCCAUGUACAGCUCUCCUCUGUCCCCACCAGGGGGGACCAUCCACUACACCCAGCUUCCCCACAACCUUCAGGUCAUCAGUUCCCCUUACCCAGGCUACCUCUCCUCCCAGCCCCCCCCUCUACCCACCUCCACAUCCCAACGCUCCCACCCUGACCCCUACCCCAACGCCACCAUCACCUCCAAGCUGAACCAGCACCACUCUGUGGGUCCAGGUCGCCCCCCACCCCAGUCCCUACCCCCAGGCCUGGCUCUAUCGGACACUGGCCCCCAGUACGUCCAGCUCUCUGGUUCCUCUCAGAACGUGGCCCCCCGGACUGCCCCCUUGCCCCACGGAGGGACCCACCACCUGCACCACGACCCCCACCACACCCUCAGCGGGGGCUCCCAGGUGCUGGUACAGUAUGCGGGCUCCGAGGAGCCCCUGACUAAGAGAGAGGAGGGCCGGCCCAGGGAACUGCACAACGGAGAGCUGGAGAAGAGAGGCCGCUUUGAGAGGAAGGAAAGCAAAGGAGCCCCAUCAUCAUCCUCCUCUUCUUCCUCCUCUUUCUCCCAUCACCAGCUCCACCAGCAGCAGAGCUCCCACCAUCACUAUGAGACCUAUACCUCCCAUGAUGCCUCAGGGCUACGGACCUCUCUCAUGCUCGUCCCCAACAGUCAUGGAGGACAAGACCACCAGAGUCCCGAAAAACUACCCCUCUCCUCUGCCUUGCACCCAGAGAAAGGCAGCCUCCUCCUGGGUAAACCUGUGUACCGCACCUCCUCCUCCACGUUCACCUUCCCCCCUGCGCUCAAUGUGGAGAGUCUUAAGGCAGCCGUCAGCUCCCUGUCCCCCCACACUCACACAGUCAUCCAGCCCACACACAACGCCAGCGAUGCAUCGCCCAUCUCCUUAGGCCAACUCUCCACCAACUUCUACCAGGCUGGCCCAGGUGGGCAGCCCAUCAUCGGCUAUCUGUCUGGGGGUGCGGGGGGGCAACAGUACCACACCAGUCUGUCCCAGCACCUGCUCAUCCCCGUCAGUGGGGCCGGGGCCACCAGCCUGGAGGCUGGCCAUACUGCACACAUAGCCACCACAAGUCAACCACAGCCCUUCCCUGCCACACUCUCCCACGCCUACGUUGCCACCACCACCACCACCACUAACCCCAGAGAGGAGCAUCUAUUUGAGGUCCCGGCCCCCUACCCUCCUCUGUCCUACCCUGCUGGGGCUGGGGGGAGCAUGGUCCAGGCCCAGCUACACCUCCCGGUGGUCCCAACCCCCCAGGCCCCCUCCUCGGCCCCCUCGGGCUCCUCGCUGCCCGCCUACUUUAUCAAGGGCUCCAUCAUCCAGCUGGCGGACGGGGAGCUGAAGCGCGUGGAGGACCUGAAGACGGAGGACUUUAUCCAGAGCGCUGAGAUCAGCAGCGAGCUGAAGAUAGACUCGUCCACCGUGGAACGCAUCGACGACAGCCACACGCCCAACUUUGCCAUCGUACAGUUCUCUGUGGGUGAACACCGCGCUCAGGUGAGUGUGGAGGUGCAGGUGGAGUAUCCCUUCUUCGUAUUCGGCCAGGGCUGGUCGUCGUGCUGCCCGGACCGGACCACUCAGCUGUUAGAACUACCCUGCACCAAGCUCUCAGUGGGGGACGUCUGCAUCUCCCUCACCCUGAAGAACCUGAGGAACGGCUCCCUGAAGAAGACCCAGCAGACCCAGAACCAGGCCAUGGAAAUCACUACUAGCUGCAACAUGGGCUCCAUCCACGGGCCCCUCAAACCCUCCAGGUCUUCCCGGGGUGGAAGGGGGUCAGCCAGGCACGGGGAGCAGGAGAACGGGGUGGGCCAUAGAGGCUCCAGUGGGGGAAUGGUGGUUGAAGGUGUUCAGUUCGCCUCAGAGAAUGGGGAACUGAGGUUCGGCGUCGGAGGGGGGGUCAACUUGAAAGGAGGCCAGCCUGGAGAUUCAGAAUCCAGUAGGGGCGCCGCCAAGCCGGCAAGCCGCAAGAGGAGGUGGUCGGCCCCCGAGGGCCGUCAGGUGGAGAGGAGCGAGGAGGUGCCCCAGUUGACUCUACCCAAACCUUCCUUUAUCACUCAGGAGGUAAAAAUCAGCAUCGAAGGCAGGUCAAAUAUAGGCAAGUAGUGAAGGCAGGAGAUUAAAACAAGACUGUUAAUUCAUAUAGGGAUUGGAGGAGAGAUGGAAAAAAAUAAAUGCCCUCGUAAAUGUUUUAUUUUAACGACUUUGUUUUAGAUGUUUUUCUUCUUUAUAUUUUCUAUCCGGAUUACUGUAGGCUAAAUUUGACCCAUGUUAUCACCUUACAUUAAGUCCAUGUUAAAAUAACAUUGUAGUUGAUGCGUUCGGCAUUAUGUAAACGAGCAAACGGUGCAAUUGGAUUUGUCAACAAGUCUCUGGGCAAGGGGUUUUGUGAAGUAUAGUACGUGUUUUAUUGGAGGGUUUGUGGCAUACAAGAGCGCUGCUUGAUACCUCUCUGGUCAUUAGAUGGCUGCAGGUGGACAACUGAAUUAAAUAUGUAACGUUAGCUUUCCUAUAGGGCCUAGGAGAUGACUAAGCUGCCAUAAUGUAGACCGCUGAGUGAUAUCACUUCCUGGUAGAGGGCACUACUGACGAGAGUGUUCAGGAUGUCUGGACGGAAUCACUCUCCACGCCACCCGUUGCCGUGGUGGCAGACUGAGUUGAUAUGAUGUCAUCUAUCCCGAGCGACUCAAGACGUCUUUAAAUAAAACACAGUAAAAAAAAGGACUUUAACAAAUUCAAACCCUCGUGAAUAGAAUAAGGAUGUAUAAUAACACCUUUAUGUGUCUCUGACAGAAGGUUAGAGCUACACAUCUAAUCCUAAACAAGGGGUCACCAGAUGCCUCGACACUCAUCCACCUAGACCACUCAGCUAGGUGAUGUCACCCAGCAGGGCCAGACCAGCCAGGCGAGGUCAUCAGGCCGCGCCACUGGGCCACCAUAAAAAGAGAACUCUUCCUUCCUUUGUUUGGGUGACAGUGGAGUCAUUUUGUUAUUAUUCUUGAAGCGUUCUGAGUUGAUAAUGAUAUAUUUAAAUGAUUGUCUAAAACUUUCGAGGUCAGGGGUCACAUACUGUAUGUAUAAUUUGAUCCAGGGUGGUUAAGUAAAAUGUUUAUGUUAUUCCUUUAUACCCUACAUACAUUUACAUUCACACUGAGUUGAUGAACUAUGGGAUUAUUCAGAGGAAGAUGAUGUUUACUUGGUGCAACCUUUUCCUUUACAUUUUUAUGGCAGAAAGAAAGAGCUUAUGUCUCAAAUGGUCCCUUAUACCCUAUAUAGUGCACUUCUUUUACUAAGGCUCCUAUCCUUAUGGGCCCUAGUCAAAAGUGGUGCACUGUAUCGGGAAUAGGGGCCAUUUGGAACGCAGUCAGAGAGUCACUGUUGAGUCUUUAGAGAGAGACAGCAUGUUGUCUUGAAGCACUUGCGUUUGCACACCUGUCACACUCACCAACUGAUGAUAACACAACUAUUAUUAUUAUUAUCGUUAUUGUUAUUGUUGGUCUCUCUUCAUUAACACAGUACUGUAUGUUUUUGUUAUUUUACCUUGAGGAAGAAGUAGAACUCUGUGACAGCAGGACUUUAGAACAGUGAAGGGGUCGUGAUGAUGUCAUAGAGGAAUGAUGAUGUCAUGGGGUCACCAAGUCACUUGACCUGACAGGGAUGAAUGUGACAGGUGAUGAAGCGAGUGCCAGUUAGGAGAGGGAAAGAAAGUGAGAAAGGCAACAGAGGAAUAUAGAGGACGAUAUAAAAGCAGAAGAGUGUUUUUUUUUUUUUUGUUGCUAAGGCACUUUACUCCAAUCAGAACAUGCUCUUCAAAAUAUGGGUGUGGUACAAAAAAAUAAGACACAUAACUGCCUUUUCAAGGAAAUCAAAAAUGUCAAUCAAGUCCAAAAGGAGAUUGGACAAAGGAUGGGAACAGGCAGGAACUAUGUACAGGUAUGUUGUGGACGAGACUGAGAGAGUUAUAGAUGCUCUGGACACAGACUUUUUGACAUGUGUCAUAUACAUAAUGUAUGUACGGGAAGUGUGCAUGAAUGUAGCUAUGUGUAAGUACACACACACCAGAGGAGGCUGGUGGGGGUAGCUAUAGGAGGACGUAUUCAUUGUAAUGGCUGUUAUGGUAUAGAUGGAACGGGGUCAAACACACUGUUUCCAGGCGUGUGAUGUGUUUGGUACCAUUGCAUUGAUUCCAUUCCAGCCAUUACAAUGAGCCCAUCCUCCUAUAGCUCCUCCCACCAGCCUCCUCUGACACACACUCACACACGGAAUACAGUACCUGCACAGACAGGCACUCUCCUGAAGGUGAGGGAGGACUGUAUGUAUUUCAUACUUGUUGAUAUACGUUUAAUGUGUAUCCAAAUACUUUUGUUGCAUAGUUGUUUCCCCUUGAUGAUAUAGAGAAGCCAAUAUAUUUGAGUAGGAAACUAAAACAAUAGUGAUUCUCAGUGGUGUGUGUGUGUGUGUGUGUGUGUGUGUGUGUGUGUGUGUGUGUGUGUGUGUGUGUGUGUGUGUGUUUGUAAAUGUAUAUAGAAAUAUCAUAUAAGUUAAUUUGAUAUAUCCCAUGUUAAAUGUCCAGGGUUCCUGUUUUUGGAGUUCUACUUAAGAGAAUCUUGCAAUUUGCACAUCUGGAGAGGUUGUCAGUUGGGUGACAUGACUUUUUGGUUGUGUCCGAAAUGGCGCCCUUUUCCCUACAUAGUGCACUGACCAAAAGUAGUGCACUAUAUAGGGAAUAGAAUGCCAUUUCAGAUACACCUAUGUUUUCAGCCAGGUUGCACACACAAACCCACACACUCACACAAACACACAGUGAGCUGAAGCCAUAGAGAUAGGUAGAGGACUUGUCUUUGUAUCUGUACCAUUAUAGUGUCUGUGACAGCCUCAAUGGCGCUGUCCAUGCUAUCUCCAUUUUAAAGUAGUCAAUUGUCGUCUUCACUAUUGGCUGGUCCCUCCUGAUGACCCAGUUGGACAUGACUCCAACAGGGUCACCAGGGGGGGAUCAUUCAAGGAAGUUGGAAGUCCCACCCAGUUGACUACAUUAAAAUGUUGGAAUCCCUCAAUGGCGCUAUCCAUGCUAAUACAACCUUUUGGCCACUAGAGGCCUCUAUCAUUCUCUAUGGCUGAAACCCCAUUUUACUGAAAUGUAGCAGUUACUUAACAAGUGCUCUCCCUGCUGAUUGGCUCUGACAAUCUUGACUCUGCUCCUCAUUGGACAACCACACUGUCAAUCACAUCUGUGGCACAUCCAAGUCCCACCCACUUGUUGGGGGUUUGGUUGAGAGACAGUGUGGAGGUAUGUCGGUCGGUCUUGGAGCCGGGGGGCGGGGCCACCAGCAGGUACACCUGUUGAGCUCUAAGCUUGAACUAGAUUUUCAGGUGUGUUUAGGUGGUAUGGCAGAAUAGGAGAAGUAUAGCAAGUUGCUUCUAGCCACUGGUGUAGGUUCAGAUGUUUAGUUCAUCCCCCUAAAGGUUUGUGUUAGGUGUGGGUGUAGGGGAAUCUGAUCCUAGAUCUGUGGUUAAGAGGAACUCCUACCUGGAGGGCGGGUGCGGGUGAUUGCCGUGGUGAUGGACAGAUGGAUGGUGGUGGCGGUGGUGGGGAGUGAGUAGACACCCUGUAUAAGAUUUGAAAAUGCUUUAUUGUUUUUAAUAAAACAGGGUUUCUCAGAUCAA